AGAAGAAGAAGGUCACUUCCUGUUAGUUUCCGGAUUAAGUGAAGAAAUACCGGCAGAAAUUUCGACAUGUUCUGAAUUAAUUUGUUGCCAUCUAUCGUGACUCCUUGUCGAGGCAAUGCGUGAAGUCGUCUACAACUUCCUCGACGUUGAUCGUCGCGACACGCUCCGACACCAGGGUGACAUGAGAGCUGCUGACCCGGUCUGGACCCACAGCACCCGGCCAUGGACACACAGCAGAAGCAGGUCGCCGCUCUGAGGACCUUGCUGACUCGGCUGAGGAGACGAGAGACCGAGGACAAGGAGGCGGCUCACAGCAUUCCUGGGGAGUUUGUGAGGUUGAAGAAGCAGUCCAUAAAGUACCGCGAGGACAAGAUCUUUGUCAGCAAGUCAGCGGAAAGUCAGGACAACAUCAAGAAGAACAGAUACAAGGACAUCCUUCCAUUUGAUCACAGCAGAGUGAAGCUGACGCUCACCACCUCCAAAUCUGACACCGACUACAUUAAUGCCAAUUUCAUAAAGGGAGUCACAGGUUCCAACGCUUACAUCGCGACUCAGGGACCGCUCCAUCACACAGUGCAGGACUUCCUGAGGAUGCUGUGGGAGUACGAUGUCAAAGUCAUAGUGAUGGCCUGCCGAGAAUUUGAGAUGGGGAAGAAAAAGUGUGAGCGCUACUGGCCGGAGAAAGAGGAGUCCUCCUUUGUGUGCGGGCCCUUUGCUGUCUUUCGUGACUGUGAGGAGGACAAAGGAGCACAUGUGACCAGGACGUUAAGGUUGACGUACGACAAUUGCUGCCGGACUUUAAAACAGCUGCACUACGUUGACUGGCCGGACCACGGAGUACCCAACUCCAUCCUCCCCAUUUUGGACAUGCUGGAGGAGAUGCGUAGCUAUCAGCCUCACGACCAUGUCCCCAUCUGCGUCCACUGCAGUGCUGGAUGUGGCAGAACCGGAGCCCUUUGUGUCAUCGACUAUACUUGGAACCUCCUCAGAACAGGGUUGAUCACUUCCGAUUUCAACGUGUGCGACUUGGUUCGCACCAUGAGAACACAAAGACCGUCUGUGGUUCAAACCAAGGAGCAGUAUGAGCUGGUCUACAGCAUCAUCGGGGUACUCUUUGUCAGAUACUUGCAGUGCAUGGAUGCACAGAGCCGGGUGACGGGGACGAUAGAGCGAGAAGAUGAACGCGAGCGGCAGCCCAUCUGUGACGAGGACCUGAACAUCCCGGUCUCACAGGACCACGAGAUGUUGACUUCUGCUCCAGAAAGUCUCGUUGUCACAGAGGAGACGGACAAAGAAGAGUAUAGGGUCCAAGCGGAGAAAUUUGAAGAUGACCCAGUACCACCAAAUCAUCCAAAAGGGACGGUGGAGGACACCUACUUCCACAGCCCUCAGUUUGACAACAUACCACGAGUGAACAAGCGGUGGACUGUUGGUCCAAUCAUCAGCAAGCCCUCGUUGUCUCUUUACCACCACACAAUGGAGUCUCACUCUUCUCCCUUCACAGGAGCUCAUACUGAUGAGGACAUACCGCCUCCUCUGCCUGAACGAACCCCGGAAUCCUAUCAACUGGCCGUCCAUGCAGAGCACUCGAAAAAGUUGGCAGUCAUCAUCUCGCCUCACGGGGCUUCUGAGCGUGUGGGUGACAAGAUACAGGACAUUCCUGCUUCACCUGCACCAUCGCUUCCAGACAGAACCCCAGAAUCGUAUGAGCUGGCUUGUCAUCAAGCUCCUGUUGGCAAUCAGCGAGCGGUCACGCCAGCAGUGAACCUCAGCAGAAUCGGGACGUCCUCAGAGUGGUCAGGAACCUCCAGGCUGGUCAGCGCCACUCAGGAGGCAGAAACAAAACCAUGGCUGAGAACUAAGAGCCUGAGAGCAAAAAUGACCCUAACAGAAGCACCGCAGACUCCAUUGUGGCUUCCAUCGUCACCUGCCUUUGCCGGAGCAGCAAGUGAAGCACCGCAGACUCCAUUGUGGCUUCCAUCGUCACCUGCCUUUGCCGGAGCAGGAAGUGCGUCAGCGCAAGUUAGCGCCAGCAACCACAAGUGGCCUCUCUCUGACGCCGCCGAGGUGGCGGCGGACAAAAACGAGGACAAGGAACCGUCCAGAAAAAAGAGUCUGAGAUUGUUCAAACACCAGCAGAAAUUGAAGCCGACUGCUGCUCUCCCUCAGUUGUCUUCGUCCUCCAAGGGAGUAUUGACGUCAAUGUUCACAUUCGGAUUUGGGCGCCGGAUAGGAAGGCCAAAAGGACCCAGGAGUUACCCACAAAACUGGUCCUCAACCUCUUUCCCCUCGUAAGCACCAGGAUGACGUCACUAAUGGUCGCCAAGAACACGGCUGUCCAAAUCAAUGCAUGCGGGGGCCAUUUUGCUAUUUUUCAUUUCCAAAACCUAGACAACAUAUAGAUUUUUUUCACCUUUAAGCUCACCUCAUGUGGCUGGAUGAACUUUUUUCCCCCCCGCUUGUGUUGCCAACCAUGCUGAAGUGGGACAAAUGACCUCCAAACCCUCCAAAAUCAGCAACAUCUGCUCACAUUUCACCUUGAAUCACUUCAACAUAAAGGACUUUUCAUGGUCAGUCAUUAAUGUCCCACACCACAACACGUACAGAGCAAACAUUGGUUCCGCCAUCCAAUAAACCCACAUACCGUAUAUUUACAAAGUUAUACAAAAACAAUAUCUUGUGAAUAUAAUUAUUUAUCCAUCCAUCCAUUUUCUUAUCCGAAGUCGGGUCGCGGGGGCAGCAGCCUAAGCAAAGAAGCCCAGACUUCCCUCUCCCCAGCCACUUCGUCCAGCUCCUCCCGGGGGAUCCCGAGGCGUUCCCAGGCCAGCCGGGAGACAUAGUCUUCCCAACGUGUCCUGGGUCUUUCCCGUGGCCUCCUACCGGUCGGACGUGCCCUAAACACCUCAUCGCAAUCGGGUGCCAUCACACCUCAUCUGGCUCCUCUCGAUGUGGAGGAGCAGCGGCUUUACUUUGAGCUCCUCCCGGAUGGCAAAGCUUCUCACCCUAUCUCUAAGGGAGAGACCCGCCACCCGUCUUAGGAAACUCAUUUCGGCCGCUUGUACCCGUUAUCUUGUCCUUUCCGUCAUAACCCAAAGCUCAUGACCAUAGGUGAGGAUGGGAACGUAGAUCGACCGGUAAAUUGAGAGCUUUGCCUUCCGGCUCAGCUCCUUCUUCACCACAACGGAUCGAUACAGCGUCCGCAUUACUGAAAACGCCGCACCGAUCCGCCUGUCGAUCUCACAAUCCACUCUUCCCUCACUCGUGAACAAGACUCCGAGGUACUAUCAAUCAAUCAAUCAAUCAAUGUUUAUUUAUAUAGCCCUAAAUCACAAGUGUCUCAAAGGGCUGUA